CGAAACUGACGUCAGUCUGACUGUGACGUCAUCGCCAGGCUGCUGGAGGCUGCUGCGGCGGCUGCGCACAGCGGCGCACAGCUGCUUCUGUCGCCGUCUCGUCCGCUUCUCUCGGCAGGGCGAAGGAGCCGCGCUAAGCCGGUGGAGGUCGUCGCUUCGCUCGAAAAGGGUGGCUGGAGCCGGGUGUGGGGGGCCAGGGGCUCGUCCCGCCGGCCACAAUGGAGCCAGCGGCUGUCUACGGAGCCGCCAAAGCCGGGAAGGUCGUCUUCGACCCGGUCGCUUUCUUUACGCAUCCGCGGACCAUCAUGAGGCUGUUAUCGUGGGUGUUCUCCAUGGUGGUAUUCAGCUGCAUCGUCAACGAGGGUUACGUCAACAUCGGCAGCGAGCGUCUGCUGUGCGUGUUCAACAAGAACGCCGACGCGUGCAACUUUGGGGUGACGGUGGGCGUGGCCUGCUUCCUGGCCAGCGCCUUCUUCCUCCUCCUGGACGCCGUCUUCCCGUCCUUCAGCAGCCUGGCGGACAGACGGCGCGCCGUGCUGCUUGACCUCGUCUGCUCAGGCAUGGCCAGCUUCCUGUGGUUCGUGGGGUUCUGCUUCCUGGCCAACCAGUGGCAGGCGACGUCGCCGGACGAGCUGCCGUUGUCGCAGGGCGCUGACGCCGCCCGAGCCGCCAUCGCCUUCUGCUUCUUCUCCAUCAUCACAUGGACGGUGCUGACUCUGAGCGCCCUGCGGCGUUUCCUGUCGGGCUCGCACGCCAACCUGUUCACGUGGCAGCACCUGGACGCCGCCCCCGGCCACGCCCGGGCCACGCCCUACCCCAUCGCCAACGGCGCCACCAUCGUCACCACCAAGCCCUACCAAGCCCCGUCCUUCACCGAGACCCUGGACCCGCAGAAGCUCACGCAGCAGCAGCACAGACCCGUAGCGCCCGCCUUCUAACGCCCGUAACUAAGGCCAGGAUCUUGUUGCCACGGCAACCUGCUUUCUUUGCUCUUGUGUGCUUGCGCACGCACGCACGAUCUCUCUCUCUCUCACACACACACAGGCACACAUGAGCAUGUUCUUUUAGUGUAGAAGACAUCUUAAGAAAAGGACAUUUUUAGUGGAAGCAUUUCAUUGGCUCACAGCGUGAUUGACAGACAGCAAUAGGUGGGCGGGAUUUGCGGGAUAUAAGAAAAAAAAAGGCAAGUCAGCAGCUUCCUGAAUGUUCCGCUCUGUUUGAAAUAUUCAUGUGAUUUAAUAUUUCAUUGUGAUAUGCUCAAGUGUAUGUCUGAUGAAAAAUGGAACUUAAAAAAAAAAAGGAAAUAAAACUAGCAUCACCAUCAAA